ACAUUACUUAUAUCUCCUUUGCAAAGUGCAUUUCAUCUCUCUUUCUCCCUCUCUGUCUUGUGGAGCCUCUGUUAUUACAAUUUCUCAAACAAAGAAAAAUUCGAACAAAGCCUGCAGCCUCCUUUCUUCUCUUUUACAACAUUCUUCUUUAGGGUUUUUGUAUUAUUUCUACAGUUUCAGAUCUGAUCACAAAUUUUAAGCUUCACACCAUUUGUACCUCUCACAGAUCUCGAUCUCUUUGUUAUUUGUCUUUGAUUUCGUCUGAAUUGGUGGAUUGAGUGGAUUUUUAAAGAAAUCACUUUCAUGUUCUGCUUUGGAUUCGAAUUUUCUCCUCCUUACGUGGUAAAUAGAUCUUGAAAUUGGCUCCGCAAAAGCGAUCGCAGCGCCACAUGGGCGGCCAGAUGCAGCAGAGCAAUGCUGCUGCGGCGACCGCUCUUUAUGAUCAUACCGGCGGUGGGUCCUUGCACAAUGCAGGCCCCGCUAGUGAUGCUGGCGAUGCGGUCAUGGCACGGUGGCUCCAGUCUGCGGGUUUGCAGCAUCUGGCCUCUCCCUUGGCCUCCACAGGCAUCGAUCAACGCCUCCUCCCCAAUCUCCUAAUGCAGGGUUAUGGAGCGCAAUCUGCUGAAGAAAAACAGAGGCUUUUCAAGCUAAUGAGAAACCUCAAUUUCAAUGGAGAAUCAGGUUCUGAGCCUUACACACCAACUGCCCCAACUUCAGCUGGUAUGGCUGCAUCAGAUGGAUUUUAUUCUCCAGAGUUCAGGGGUGAUUUUGGAGCUGGUCUUUUGGAUCUUCAUGCUAUGGAUGAUACAGAGCUUUUAUCCGAGCAUGUCAUUUCAGAACCCUUUGAGCCAUCACCAUUCAUGCCUGGUGGCUCGAAAGUAUUUGAAGAUUUCAAUGCAACUAGUAGUAAACAGCAAAGAGAGCAGAGUGAUCCAGAUUUAUCUGCUCCUUUUCCUACUAAUGAAAAAGAGAACAGCAGCAAUAGAGAAAAUAAUGUAGCUAAAAUUAAAGUUGUGGUACGUAAAAGACCACUAAACAAGAAGGAGAUUGCUCGGAAGGAGGAUGAUAUUGUAACUGUUUCCGAGAAUGCAUUGACUGUCCAUGAACCCAAGCUAAAGGUGGACUUGACUGCAUAUGUUGAGAAGCAUGAAUUUUGUUUUGAUGCUGUUCUUGAUCAGCAUGUCACCAAUGAUGAGGUUUAUCGAGUUACUGUGGAGCCGAUUAUUCCUAUCAUUUUCCAACGAACAAAAGCUACAUGUUUUGCGUAUGGUCAGACAGGUAGUGGUAAGACAUUCACUAUGCAACCAUUGCCUCUUAGAGCUGCUGAAGACCUUGUUAGAUUGUUGCAUCAACCUGUUUAUCGUAAUCAGAGAUUCAAACUGUGGCUUAGCUAUUUUGAAAUAUAUGGUGGAAAGCUCUUUGAUCUUCUUAAUGAUAGAAAAAAACUUUGUAUGAGAGAAGAUGGGCGACAACAAGUUUGCAUUGUAGGACUGCAAGAAUUUGAAGUUUCUGAUGUACAGAUUGUUAAGGAAUAUAUCGAGAGGGGAAAUGCAACAAGAAGUACAGGGUCUACUGGUGCCAAUGAGGAAUCUUCAAGGUCACAUGCUAUCUUGCAGCUUGCUAUUAAGAAGCACAGUGAGGUAAAAGAUUCCAGGAGGAAUAAUGAUGGGAACGAGUCUAAAAGUGGAAAGGUGGUUGGGAAAAUUUCUUUUAUUGAUCUUGCUGGUAGUGAACGGGGUGCAGACACCACUGACAAUGACCGACAAACAAGGAUUGAGGGUGCAGAGAUUAAUAAGAGCCUUUUGGCACUUAAGGAAUGCAUUCGUGCUCUGGACAAUGACCAGAUUCAUAUACCGUUUCGUGGGAGCAAACUCACAGAAGUACUACGUGACUCCUUUGUUGGCAACUCUAGGACUGUUAUGAUCUCUUGCAUUUCUCCAAAUGCAGGCUCCUGUGAACAUACACUCAAUACUUUGAGAUAUGCAGACAGGGUUAAAAGUCUUUCAAAAAGUGGAAAUUCAAAAAAGGAUCAGACUUUGAAUUCAAUACCCCCAACUACGAAGGAUGUGUCAUCAGCAUCAUCAUUGCCUGUUUAUUCUGAGGUAGAUGAUGUUUAUGAACAACAAGAGGCAAAAGCAGUUGAUACAGUUAGGAGGGCUGUAGAAAAAGAAGCUAUUUCUUACAUACCCACUCCUGAUUAUGACAAACCGCCCCCUAGUUUUACUUCAAGUUAUUCCUUGAAUGGACGUGAAGAAAAUGGGUCUUCUGGUUCAACAGAUAGGGAGAGGUUUGAAAUUAGCAAUUCUUAUGGUGGUUCAACAAGUCAAAAAGUUAAUUCAUCACACUCCCAAAACUCGGUGGAUGCAGAAGAGAAGAUGCAAAAGGUAUCACCGCCUCGUAGAAAAGUAUCUAGGGAGGAAAAAUCAGAAAAGUUCGGUGACUGGUUGAAAAAGGAUAGUAGUGGAUCAGACAUUUCCAACCCAAGGCUGCUGAGUACAGGAAACUAUACUGCGAAUAAUACUGGAUCGCGACAACAUGAGCCUGAUCCUCCUUCAGAUGGGAAUAUCAAUGCAAUACUUGAGGAAGAAGAGGCCUUAAUUGCAGCUCAUAGAAAAGAAAUAGAGGACACAAUGGAGAUUGUUCGCGAGGAAAUGAAACUGCUGGCAGAAGUUGACCAACCAGGCAGUCUAAUAGAUAACUACGUGACCCAGUUGAGCUUUGUGCUCUCACGGAAGGCAGCUGGUCUGGUUAGUCUUCAAGCUCGCCUUGCUAGGUUCCAACAUCGACUAAAAGAACAAGAGAUACUUAGUCUGAAGAGAGUUCCUCGUUAAUACAGUGCUUUGUUUGUGUGCUUCAUUGAUCCGAUCUUGUCCUGUCCUUCACAAGGCAGGGAGGAGGUUUUAGGUUUAACGAAGAUUCUGAUGUACUACUGCAUACCGAUUGUAUUAAGGGCUAAUGUUGCUGUUCACAUUCAGGCUUUAUUGGUUUUAGGAGUGGCGGUGAGCAUUCACAUCUCAUUACUGGUGAAGGGCUUGGCUUGUUAGAUGUAUCAUUCAGUCAAACAAUUCUCUAAGAAAGUGAAAAAAAAAAAAAAAAAAAAAAAAAAAAAA